GUUACCAUCACUGAUCGGCAAAGACUCUGCGCACAAUUUGCAUGUUAAUUUACUUACGGAACUUGCUGAAAAGUGCUGCAUACUCGCGUGAGAAAGCGCCAGAAGUGACUCAUCAUCCGUUCGCACUCAUCGGCAGCCAGAUAACAGGAGAGCAAACGUUGUAACUAUCGGCGUAGUUUCCGCGAAAGUUUCGUCCACGGUGCCGAGAAGAUGUCCCUCAACACCGCACACGCCAACAAUGGCGUUCUGAUACACGCGGGCGAAGGCAUCCUGAUCUUCAGCGAUCAUGUGACGAUCGAGUUUACCGGCCACGACAAUCCGUCGAUGAAGGGCAGCAAGCAGGGCCGCGUCUACCUAACGACGCACCGGGUCAUCUACAACGGGAAGCACGAAAGCGAAGCGCUCCGUUCGUUCAGCAUGCCGUUCGUGUCGAUGCGCGAGGUGGAGGUGGAACAGCCCGUGUUCGGGGCCAACUACAUUAAGGGCAAGGUAACGGCGCAGCAGAACGGCAACUGGACGGGAGAGGCCAAGUUUAAGCUGGUUUUCAAGCACGGUGGUGCGAUCGAUUUCGGCCAAGCGAUGCUCCGGGCGGCGUCGAUGGCUCAGCGCAACGCCGGCAAUGCACCACCCCCGCCGUACACUCCGCCGGGUGGUGCCUGGUACGCGGCCCCACCGCCCGCUUACACUCCCAAUCCGUACAACUAUGGCUGGGUGCCGGGGGCGAGCGUUUUCCCGGAGCAACCGCAACCCAACACCAUCUAUAUGCACGACAGUCCGCCACCGUAUCCGGGGAUUGUGAUGAACGCGGGGGCCGGUGGUUACCCGCAAUCGGCCACCGGCUACCAGUAUCCGCCGCAGUAUCCACCACAGUACCCGAUGCAACCGGCCCCACCCGGUGGCUCUCCGGCGAUGGGUGCAGCCGGUUUCACCGCCGGACCGGGUGCCGGCUACCCGAACGGACACGUACCGCAACCUGGUCCAUCGAACGGCGCGAUGGGCUUCUCGGUACCACCACAAGCACCGCCAGCGAACUCCAAGGAAGCGGAAGCGGCCCAGAGUGCUUACUACGAUCCCAACAGGCCGCAGACGGCUUACGUGCCGCCUCCAGCAUAUUACGAACCGCCACCAAGCUACAGUUCGCUGAACAAAAAGGAACAGUAACCAGUGGCACCUGGAUGGGUCUGCGGCUAGCGUCGCGUACGAUUUGUUUCUUGUAUCUGUUCCGAGUGCGUUGUUUGUGCGUUUGUUCGCCGGUUCUUUGCCGCCACCGCAAUCGUGCUUUUUGCCUCAUUCGUUGUUUGUUACACUUAUUCUGCUAUUUGUUAGUCGUGCACGAGAGACGCCCUAUCACUGGCAGGGGAUGGCGAUCGCGAUCGCGUUCCGUGUUUUGAUGGGGGAGCUGGGUAGCCUAGAGGGGUGGCAUGGUAUUAUACACGGAUGCAUUCCGAAACGCAAGCGCAACGCCUCAAUGUUUAAUCACCACUGUAAAAUUCAAUCGAAUAAAAUAUAACACAAAACUACCGCUCUA